AGUUCUUAUGCUGUAAUCAAAAAAAUGGUUAAAAGUUUCACCUCAAAAUGAAAGAAGUCGAAAUUUCUCCGCCAUUUUGCCAUUUGCACAUUCUUACAACCACGCGUUUUGAUUUGAUAUCUUUAUUUUGUUGUUUAUUUUGGUAAUAAUUUUAUUAAAUUAACGUGAAAACGUUUUGCUAUCAAUAAAUAAUUAAAAAAAAUGACUAGUGGUGCUAAUAACGAACGAGUAUCCGGCGGAACUAUUUUUCUUCCUGUCCCACUUAUAACCAACAAACAGCGAAUUGGUGAUUCGGGCACUAGCCUCAGCUUCCAGACAUUGGACAUGAAAACACAUUUCCGAAGCUUCAACAAGAGAGAGCCACGAGAGAAUCUGAUGCCUGCUAACCGUAGCAGACCAGUCCAGAGCCCGGAAACAGCACCGGUGGGCAAAAUCGAACAGCCUAGAGAACGAUUGGCUAUCAAUCAACUCUUUUCCUGCUGGAAAAGCGGCCAAUCGAAUAACUUACGGAAAGUGAAUCUUGUUAUUGCUGGUAAAAAAAAAAAUACAAGGCUCUGUUACGCAACGAAUGUGAUUCCUGAAGAUACACUAGAGGAUAAAUCGAUCUGGGAUGAUGGAAGGAAAACGCUGGAUGAGGAAGUUCUCCGGGUGUACACCGUUGAGAUUAUCAGUCGGACGCGGCUAAUGGACAACGAAAUUAAGAUUAUGCAGAGUGAGGUCAUAAGGUUUAUGCACGAACUGCAAACACAGAACGAAAAUUUUAAGGACACCGAAAAUACUUCCCUAUCUGAUGUCGAAUGUGAUCGAGCUGCUGAAUGUGGAUCCCCAGGAAGAGGAAGACAAUUUCCCUGUCGUGGUCUGGAAUCACACAAGAAAGGCAAAUGGGCUGUUUUCAAAACAUCCACGAUACGAAAACGUCUUCGAUAUUGAUAAUUGGCUCGAAAAACUAAAGGUGCAUACCAUAGAAUACACUCUUGAGAAGGCCAGUAGGCUCACAGUGCCUCGCCCUCUACUCAUAGGCAGAUGUACCAAACUGGUACUGUUAAGUAAUUGACGAUUCCCGUAGCUGGAUGUUUCUGUGGCAGGUAUUUGAAACUUUUCACUGAUGCUUUCCCACAAACGGUUUCUAAAUUGAUCUUCUUUUUCUUACAGAUUUCCAAA